AUGCUGCAGCAAUACUUGCAGAAGAGGCCGGGCCUGCUCUCCGAGCUCUGUGAGCUGCUGCAGAGCAUCCAGGCCGUGGGACCCGAUGCAGGCGUGGCAGCCCUGAGGGUGACGGGAGCCAUCCUGGACUCGCGUUUUGGCCAGAGUCGAUCUGAAGCUUCUCAACUUUCGCAAAUGCUGGGACUUUCCCUGCCGCAUGGAAUCGUCGCAUGUGCUUUGAGAGGGCUGCUUGGGCACCAACCAGCCGAGGACAAGCUGGGCGAUCAUAAUCGGGUCCUGCUUGCCGCGUUGGAUCUCUUUCAAAUCACCACUGUUUCCAACCACCAGACGACGGCACAGCUUGGGCAUGCGGGGAUGAUCCUUGCCAUGCUGGAGCUCAUGCAGAAGACGGACGUGGCCUCCCUCCCGGCUGUGACGGCCAUGCUCCGCUGCUUGGAGCUGGCGGCAGAGGUGUCUGGCACCGCGGCCCUGGUCCUCUUCCGGGACUUCAGCGGCCUCCAGGCCGUUUGGUGGGGGAUGCCGGGAGAUCUGGGUGUCUUGGGGGAGUUCUGGGUCCUAGAUGUGUUUGUUGAAAGCGUCUGGGCUUGCACUCCCGAAGACCUGGCUCAGACGCCAGACACAAAGGUUCCUCUCCAGGAGUGCAAGGUCACCCCUUCAGGGCCACGUUGUUGGUUGGGUGAUGUUGGUUGGUUGAAGCUGUUCUUAGACUUGCCUUCUCGCUUCGACUUCAGAGAGAAGUUGAGCUGA